AUGGCCACUAUCACACAGCAAGAACGCGUUGUCACGGAGUCUUACGAGCUCGCAGACUCCUCGAAGCAAACCCCCGCGGUUGACGACGCGCCACCACAGCCAUCCGACGAAGGCAAGCUUGACAAUCAGACCCUUCUGAAGCUCAUCGCCGCUGGUUUCGCAUUCUUUGUAUCUGGUGUCAACGAUGGCAGCGUCGGACCUCUACUCCCGUACAUGAUUCGUGACUACAACAUCAGCACAGCUGUUGUCUCCAUUAUCUACGGUGCAAACUUUCUCGGAUGGUUCCUUGCGGCGCUUACGAAUACCCAUCUCCGACAAGUAUUUGACCUCGGUGGCCUGCUCGCAUUCGGCGCUUUCUUCCAGCUCGUGGCACAUGCACUCCGCGUAUGGAAGCCUCCUUUCCCCUUCUUUGCGGUCACCUUCUGGCUGGUCUGCCUGGGUCAAGCAUAUCAAGAUGCCGGCGCCAACGCAUACGUUGCCAGCGUCAAGGCUGCCCAUCGAUGGCUAGCCUUCAUCCAUGCUCUCUACAUGGCCGGCUGCCUCGUUGCGCCCUUUGUUGCGACACCCAUCGCGUCGACUGGAGAGACAUCGAAGUGGUACCUCUUCUACAGCUUCCCAAUAGGCAUAGGUGCAUUCAACCUGGCUUUAACCUGCUUCGCGUUUCGGGACACGAUUAAGCUCAGCCGGAAGAAUGACGUCCCCGAACUUGGCUCGUCAGGAACGCCCCUCGGAUUGGACUCGGAGGAGACAAAGACACCGACUCAACUCAUGAAGAUGGUACUCUGCACUAAAGCCCUCUGGGCUGUCAGCUUGUUCUUCUUCUUCCUUCUUGGAGCGACUAUCACGGCCAGCGGUUGGAUCGUCGAGUAUCUCGUUGAGAUUCGAGACGGCAACAUCGGGCAAAUGGGCUACGUACCAGCUGGCUUCAAUGGUGGAGCAAUGCUGGGUCGACUGCUGCUAGCGGAGCCAACAUACCGAUUUGGAGAACGAAGAAUGAUCCUGGUGUAUGUGGUUCUAUGCAUCGCCUUUCAACUGGUCUUCUGGCUGGUUCCCAACAUCAUCGCCGCCUCGGUGGCCAUCAGUUUCUUCGGCUUCUUCUCCGGCCCCUUCUUUGCGACAGGAAUUUCCGUCGGGUCCAAGCUCUUCCCCCCGGAACUUCAAUCAACAGCACUAUCAUUCGUGUUUGUCUUUGGGCAAAUUGGCGGCUCUCUCUUCCCUGUCAUUACGGGUGUUCUCGCAUCUCGCGUAGGGGUGAGUGUCCUACAGCCAGUUCUUGUGGCAUUGAUUGCCGGAACUGGGGAGUAA